CCAGAAGCCCCCUUCAAAUGAAACCAUAUACCCCAUCUUUACAAAAAACUCUAUCUCUACAUCUCUACACCCCUACAUACAAACCAUCGCAACAAUGGUCUCUUACAAGGUCUUCCGAGGAACCCCCGAGGGAAAGAUUGUCUCUGACACCGUCGAGCGUGAGCUCCAGAACCACGAGGUCUUCAUUGAGACCACACACUCUGGCGUUUGUGGAACGGAUAAGCUCUACCAACCCAGCGGAAUUGUCCUGGGUCAUGAGGGUGUUGGAGUUAUUCGUGAAGUUGGAUCUUCAGUGAAGAACGUCAAGGUUGGCGACAGAGUUGGAUUCGGAUACACACAUCAGAUCUGCGGCUCUUGCGACAACUGCUGUACAGAUCUUGACCAGUACUGCCGUGAGCGCCAGAUCUAUGGUUUCUCCGACACUGAUAACGGCUCUUUCUCUUACGGCGCUGUCUGGGACUCAAAGACCGUUGCUCCCAUUCCCGAUGGAUACGACUCCGCUGAUGCCGCCCCUCUGCUUUGCGCGGGAGCCACUGUUUACACAGUCUUGACCAAGUACGGUCUCCGGUCUCAAGAUAGAGUCGGUGUCAUGGGUAUUGGUGGCCUGGGCCAUCUUGCCAUCAAGCUCGCUGCCGCCAAGGGAGCCCAUGUCGUUGUCUUCUCUUCCUCCGAGUCCAAGAGACAGGAAGCUAUGGACUAUGGUGCCUCUGAGUUCAUUGUCUUCAAGUCUGGAGACGAGGCUCCAAAGGACUUCAAGCCUGUUAAGCACUUGCUUCUCUGCGGUAGCGCAAAUGUCGACUACAGCAGUCUCGUUCCUCUUGUUGAUACCGAUGGUGUCAUCUACCCUCUCACUGCCGCUCUGGAGUCCACUCCUGUUCCUCUGACCUCGCUUUCCCUCAAGGGUAUUCGCGUCCAGGGCUCACUAGUCAGCUCUCGCGAUAGCCUUCGCAAGCUUCUUGACUUUGCGGCCAGGAAGAACAUCAAGCCCACCAUUAUGACUUACCCUCUCAAUGAGGAGGGUAUUGAGAAGGCUCUGCACGAUUUGAAGGAGGGUAAGGUUCGAUACAGAGCUGUCCUUGUCAAGGAGUAAAGUUGUCACGUCUUAAAAGAAUUUGGAAAACAGCGAUUGUGGAGCUCAGCUGUGUUUUAAGAGAGAAAAGCGAGGUUGAAGGAUAUGCCAAGUUGUAAGAUUACACGAAUUUGAAGAAAUUGACGUUGACCAUUGUCGAGUUAAACCGUUUUGAUUCAUUGGGGUUAUCGAGAUUUGGUGAGAAUUUCGUAAGGUGGUGACGAAAGCAAGUACGCGGUGAGGAACUUUGGUAAAUUCGACACGGCUAGCUUCUUAUCCCACCAAAUUAAAACCGAGUAACGGAAUAUGCUCAUAUUUAGGUCUGAUUUACACGAAAUUUAAUUGGCAUCUAUUUAGAGAAGU